AUGACUGCAGCCUUAUCUGCCUCGUCCCAGGCCCUUACUUCUCCAUCUGAUGUUGUGCUUCUAGCCACUGCGGUAAUUUUUGUAAAAAAUCGUGCCGGCACUUUCGUACCUUGUCGUGCGCUGUUAGACUCUGGUUCACAGCUGCACUUUAUCACCUCUCGUUUCACAAACCAGCUGCAGCUGCGGAAAACCAAAACCUUCGCUGGAGUAUCUGGCAUUGGCGACGUCAACUUUUCAACGGAGGGAUACUCGGUCGAUCUCGUACUGAAGUCGCGGACUUCUGAUUUCUCGACGACGAUUACUGCUGUUGUCACACAAACGAUCACUGAAAGUCAACCUGGCCUUACAGUGAGCACCGUUAAUUGGCGACUUCCCUCCAACAUCCAGCUGGCUGAUCCCAACUUCAACAUACCACAGCGUAUUGAUCUGCUUAUAGGAGCAGGACUCUUCUUCGAACUUCUCUGUGUGGGCCAAAUUCAGUUGGCGCCUGGGCUGCCAUUGCUUCAAAAAACUCGGUUUGGUUGGGUGCUGUCCGGUGGUGGACAACAAACGCCCAAACUCUCAUCUUUCGUCGUACGUCAACGGUCAUCUACUGACAUUGAUUGUAGUACUCGGCUAGAUUAUUUAGUGCGUCGUUUUUGGGAAAUCGACCAUGUAAUUGAGCCAAUCGCUAAAACAACAAAGGAAGAGCUCGACUGCGAAGAGCACUUUAGGCAAAAUUAUUCGCGUCUGUCUUCAGGCGAGUAUUCCGUGCGUCUGCCGAUGAAGAGUAGCGUGGAGUCACUAGGUGAUUCGUAUUUACAGGCACUACAUCGCUUUCGCAGUCUUGAACGAAAACUGACUCGCAAUCCACAGCUCAAGAAACAAUAUGUGGCAUUCAUUAACGAAUAUUUGGAUCUCAACCACAUGUCACUAGUCUCCAGUAAGGAUGUUCAUGACUGUAAGUUUUUCCUUCCACAUCACUGUGUCAUCAAGGAUGACAGCACUACAACAAAGCUGAGAGUUGUAUUUGAUGGCUCUGCAGCUACAACUUCGGGCUUGUCGCUGAACGAUCUGCUCAUGUCAGGUCCAACAAUACAACCGAAGCUUUUCAACAUCCUCAUUAGAUUUCGAUCGUUUCCCGUCGCACUUACUGGAGACAUCUGCAAAAUGUAUAGAUGCGUUCGAGUCACUGCACCAGACGACAUGCUCCAGUGUAUACUAUGGCGUGACUCUCCACAAGAUGACCUACGCGUGUACAAGUUGAAUACGGUGACCUAUGGAACUAAGCUUGCAUCAUUUCUGGCUAUUCGGGCCAUGCAUCAGCUCGCGUUUGAUGAAUCAUCAGCAUAUCCCCUGGGUUCAAAGGUCGUUCUUCGAGACUUCUAUGUGGAUGAUAUGAUAUCUGGUGGCAAUUCAGUGCGGGAAGUGCGAAACAUUAUGCAGCAAACAACAGGUCUUCUUUCUCGAGGUAAUUUCCAAUUACGGAAAUGGUGCUCCAACAGCCCUGAUGUUCUCGGCGAUAUUCCCCAAACAGAAAGAGAAAGCUUUCUCAAAUUCGAUGACGGCAGUGAUAUCACCAAGGCUCUGGGACUAGUCUGGGAUCCGUUCAAAGACAAUCUGUUGUUUUCGUUUUCGCCGAUCAGAUCUGGCAGAAAUUCCAAACGCUCUGUAUUAGCUACCAUAGCUCGUUUUUACGAUCCACUUGGCCUACUAGGCCCCACUCUGACAAGGGCGAAAAUUCUUUUACAGCGAAUGUGGAGGGAUAAGCUCGCGUGGGAUGAAAGCUUGCCCCAUUCACUGGAUACGGCCUGGUCUACGUUUUGUGAAGAUUUCGUCAACAUUCAACAUUCGUCAUUUCCGCGCUAUGUAUUACAGCCUGGAGCCGCGCUUGAAAUUCAUGCGUUUUGCGACGCUAGCCUUGAAGCAUAUGGCGCUUGUGUAUAUGCUCGCUCAACUAAGGAUAACAACGUCCAAUUACAGUUGCUAUGUUCAAAGGCACGCGUUGCUCCACUGAAAACUCUGACUGUGGCCAAGUUGGAACUCAGCGCUGCCGCUCUGCUUGCGCAGUUAGUAGGUGAGAUAGCCAAGAUGAAGGUUUUUGACUGCCGCUUCUAUCGUUGGUCAGAUUCGUCGAUCGUUCUAUCAUGGCUGCAGGAAGAAUCUUCAAAAUUUAACGUUUUCGUCGCUAAUCGAAUAUGUGCUAUACAGGAGCUUACACAGGGGAUGACUUGGCACUAUGUUCCUACAGCCAUGAACCCAGCAGACAUCCUAUCCAAAGGGGCCGCACCAAGAGAGCUCUUGCAAUCAGCUCUUUGGAUGCACGGUCCAAUAUUCUUGCACAAAGCAGAAAUCAGCUGGCCUAAAUUUCGCGAACCACAAACGAAGCUUUUGGAAACUCGUCAAAAGGUAUUACUCACAUCAAAUGAUCGACCCGACGUAUCUCUUUCAUUUAAGUACAUCAACUCGUUUGGCAAAAUGCAGCGUAUUUUUGGUUAC